AUGGGCUACGAAUACGCAGUCGUGUAGGACGCGCCGCGCUUCUCUGACAUGUGAUAGAGGAGCUUAAGAGCUGACCUGCAUCAUCUAUAGGCACCUAAAAUACACUAUCCCACCGGCGAUCUUUCUCUCCGCCCUCUACUACCCCCUGUGUACUCGACUCGACCUCUACAAGAUCGCCUUCCUCAUCACCGUCGCCGUCGUCUCAACGAUACCAUGGGACAGCUACCUCAUCCGCCACAACGUCUGGUCUUACCCUCCCAAUGUCAUCAUUGGUCCAACCCUGUUUGACAUUCCACUCGAGGAAGUCUUCUUCUUCGUCAUUCAGACCUUCAACACCACUCUCCUGUACUUGAUCGCGAGCAAGCCGGUCCUGAAAGAGACGUACCUGCUCAGAGAAGGAAAGGAUAGAGAGGGCAAGAAAUGGAAGUACAUCAAGCUUGGCGGACAGCUGGUCAUGGCAUUGGCGUUGAAACAGGGCAUUGGGUUUCUGAAGGACCAAAGCAAGAACACCUAUCUCGGAUUGAUUCUAGUCUGGGCACUGCCCUUCCUGUUGCUGCUCUGGAGUCUGGCAUACCAGUUUAUUGUCCGACUCCCAAUAGCAUGCACAGCACUUCCGAUUGCGCUGCCAACUCUAUACCUUUGGGUCGUGGACACAUUGGCGCUAAAGCGAGGAACCUGGGUGAUUGAGUCUGGGACGAAGACGGGGUUGACUCUCUGGCCUGGCUUGGAGAUUGAAGAGGCUUUGUUCUUCCUCUUGACCAACUGCCUGAUUGUCUUUGGCCUCCUUGCAUUCGACAACGCAGUCGCAAUCCUCAAUGCAUUUCCAGCGCAUUUCCGCAUUGUGCCGAGUCUGCCUUCGCCUGUGAUGCUGGUCCAAGCACUUCUCCUUCCGGCCAGCACGUACGACGAUGACAGGAUUUUGGGGCUCCAGCAAGCCGUCUCGCGUCUGGAGAAGAAGUCGCGGAGUUUCUUCCUCGCCAGUAGCACUUUUCAAGGCCGACUGAGGAUUGAUCUCAUCAUCCUCUACUCCUUCUGUCGAGUCGCGGACGAUCUCAUCGAUAACGCCGAGUCCCCCGCCGAAGCCCGGAAAUGGGUUCAGAAGCUGAAGCAGUAUCUGGAUCUCUCGUACGGAGCGGCACAACAGAGCAAAGAUGGAAUUGUCAUUGGGGCAAAAGAUGCGAAUCGCGGCGCCGCCACUUUAUUCACAGUACACAAUUUCCCUCCAGAAACCCAACUGGCCCUUCUAAUGCUACCAACUCAUCGUCUGGAUAAGGAGCCUCUUUACGAAUUACUCAAGGGCUUUGAGAUGGACCUCAUCUUCUCCGAGAAGAAGGGCAACGCAACGGGACCGAUAAAAUCUGAGGAGGUUCUCGAUCAGUAUGGAGCUCGCGUCGCCGGCACCGUCGCACUCCUCUGCAUUCAGCUUGUGAUCCACCACUAUCCAGAGACGUCAGAGAUCAAAGCAAAGAAACUCAUGCUAGCCGGACAUAACAUGGGUAUCGCUCUUCAAUACACGAACAUUGCGCGCGAUCUUGGUGUUGACGCAGCAAUCAACCGUUGCUACGUUCCACCUGGCUGGCUCAAGAAGGAAAAGCUUACCCCUGAAUCUUUCACUGCUGGGCUCGUCAAACUGGAGUCACCGUCAGAAAAGGAGCCUGAUGACUUCUUUCUGAAGAAGGUCGAAACUAUCCGCACGCGCCUCCUGGACAGGGCGUUCGACUUUUACGAGGGAAGCAUAGGGGCCGUUGAGGAGCUGCCAAAGCCGGCGCGCGCACCGAUGCGAGUUGCCGUUGAGAGCUACAUGCAGAUUGGAAGGGAGUUGAGGACGCCUGGGUUCCAAGUGAAGGCUGGAAGAGCUACGGUUCCGAAAUGGAAGAGAAUUGCUGUUGCUUGGACUGCAUUGAUGGGCCCGAGGGCCAAAGCAUAA